AUGCCUGCAUCAGCGCACCGGAGACGCUUCAAGAACUCUUUGGAUAUGGUCGCCGCGCGACCUGAGGUCUUUGUUGACCUCGUUACUUCUCCGUCCAGCACGGACAAUGCCCGGAGCAUGGUGGACUCCCCUGUCCUUGGACAGCUGUCUGGUGUCGCUCUUUCCAAUAAGGAUGUCGAUCCUCUGCGGGUCCGAAGGGCUGUACCGGCAGUACAUGUCGCUCCUUUAAACGUCAAGAAGAAACGUCGGAAAGCUCUGUUGAGCGGUGCACAUUUAUACCUACCGGCUUCUCCGCUCCCUCCAGCAACACCCGGGUUGACUCCUCAGACAUCGCUCACAUUCACCGCGGAAUGGAGCGCUACUCAGAGAGGUUUCCUAUUCACGCCGCUCACGAACGAGUCUUUACGUUCUGAUAUCAGCCCGCGGUCGCCUCUAGCCUACAUCCCUGAUGAUGUUGACGAGGCAUUCAGCUUCCAUACGUCAGGACACUGUCUGGACGGCCACCUUCCGAGCACUCCUCUAUCCUGCAGUUCCGCCAGCUCCAUUCUCUCCGAUUCCACAUCUCUAUUUAUUCAUGAACGCAAGCCGUCGGCCGCCUCAACUGCCUUGACCUCGGUAUACGAGGAACCCAUCCAAGCGACUCCUUAUUCCUUGCCUACCGAAUCAGCCGUGCACUGUGUCGAGUCUGAGAUCACUCGCAUUGCUGCCGGAUCGGAACCGCUCGCUAGAUCCUAUUUAAGACAGAUUGAUGAUGAUGUGCUAUUGGACCCGUGGCGCGCCUUCGAGUCGUCCUGCUGGUCUUCGAUGGAGAUGUCAGUAGCGCCCGUGGCUGCAUUUCCCCUAUCCCCUCUCGUUUCCGAGAAGGUGGUGCCGGACGUCCCUACGGAUACGUUAAACGGCAGCAUCUUCGAAUCUGACGAGGGCAAUGUCUCUCGCUUUUCUGCUGAUGGGCAUCCCAUGGCGAGCACUAAGGCACGCAAAUACGGACCCCUGCGAUUCCACUGUGUCAGCAAGGCAUUCAAGCUUGCCAGGUGGGCAUGUUGA